AUGGUCCAGGCCUCCAUGAGGAGCCCAAACAUGGAACCGUUCAAGCAGCAGAAGGUGGAGGACUUCUACGACAUUGGAGAGGAGCUGGGGAGCGGCCAGUUUGCCAUUGUGAAGAAGUGUCGAGAAAAGAGCACGGGGCUGGAGUAUGCGGCCAAGUUCAUCAAGAAGCGCCAGAACCGGGCUAGCCGGCGGGGCGUGAGCCGGGAGGAGAUCGAGCGGGAGGUGAGCAUCCUGCGGCAGGUGCUGCACCCCAACAUCAUCACGCUGCACGACGUCUACGAGAACCGCACCGACGUGGUGCUCAUCCUUGAGCUAGUGUCUGGAGGAGAGCUCUUCGAUUUCCUGGCACAGAAGGAGUCACUGAGUGAGGAGGAGGCCACCAGCUUCAUUAAGCAGAUCCUGGAUGGAGUGAACUACCUUCAUACGAAGAAAAUUGCUCACUUUGAUCUCAAGCCAGAAAACAUCAUGUUGUUAGACAAGAAUAUUCCCAUUCCACACAUCAAGCUGAUUGACUUUGGCCUGGCUCACGAAAUAGAAGAUGGCGUUGAAUUUAAGAACAUCUUUGGGACACCGGAAUUUGUUGCUCCAGAAAUCGUGAACUAUGAACCCCUGGGUCUGGAGGCUGACAUGUGGAGCAUCGGCGUCAUCACAUACAUCCUACUUAGUGGAGCAUCUCCUUUCCUGGGUGACACGAAGCAGGAAACGCUGUCAAACAUCACAGCAGUGAGUUAUGACUUUGAUGAAGAAUUCUUCAGCCAGACUAGUGAGCUGGCCAGGGACUUCAUUCGGAAGCUUCUGGUUAAAGAGACCCGGAAACGGCUCACAAUCCAGGAGGCUCUCAGACAUCCCUGGAUCACGCCGUCGAACAGCCAGCAAGCCAUGGUGCGCAGGGAGUCCGUGGUCAAUCUGGAGAACUUCAAGAAGCAGUAUGUCCGCAGACGGUGGAAGCUGUCCUUCAGCAUCGUGUCCUUGUGCAACCAUCUCACCCGCUCGCUGAUGAGGAAGGUGCAUCUGAGGCCAGACCAGGACCUGAGGAACUGUGAGAGUGACACCGAGGACGACGUCGCCAAGAGGAAAGCCCUCCACCCCCGGAGGAGGAGCAGCACUUCUUAACUGGCCACUGGCUGUGGCCACUAAGGAGGUCCAGCCCAGCAGAGCUUCCUUCCACACAGACUCUGGGACCUGGCUUGUCACCAGCACCUGGGGGUUCUGCGUCCCUGAGCACUUUGCAAGAGAGGUGGACUGCAGGCUUCCAGAGACUACAGGCGAGCCAGGAGGCCCUGGGAUCUGUGGCUGCCUCCCAUGGAGGUGGCACCGCCAUUCCCCAAGCUCUUUAUUCUCCGUAAAACGGGCUUUCAUCUGUCUGCCGACCUCAGAACCUGGGGUGGGGGGUGUGGACCCAGGAAAACAAUGUAAAGGAACCCAUCAUCAUCACGGGGUGAAAGUCAUCCUCAGGAAGCUUUCCUCACAAGGUGAGGGAGCUCAGAAUCAGCCUGGUCAAAAAUGACACCAGGAAGACUGAGCCCUCCUUCAUGGGAAUAGGGUGAGGGAGGAAAAUGAACCUUGGGUGUGAGGGGACCAGUCCUGAGUCCUCCCAGAACCCACAGGAGUCAGGACAUCAGGCUGACCAACAUGUCAGACCUUCUGAAGCAGCCCAUUGGCAGCCCACAAGGUCGUAAUGUUUUUCGUUUUUAUUAAACUUCUGGCUUACCUAA